CCAGUGAGCCUCCAGCGGAAGUGGAAGAAGAACGUACGUGAGAGAGGCUUCUGCCUCGUUUAAGAAAUCACGAUGGCCCUUCCUCAAGUGUCUGGAGCUGAGAGCUGCAGCCCAGGGAAGGGAACUGUGUCUAGCUAAGGAAGCCAUGGUUGAUGUUGCUUCCAGAUCUCAUGUCAACACCUCGCCCUCAGCUGCUGGUGGCAGCUGCUCAGCAGACCUUGGGCAUGGGAAAGAGACGUGGUCUACCCAGAGCCAUCUGCCUUCAUCUAGCUGGAGAGGUGCUGGCUGUGGCCAGGGGACUGAAACCAGCUCUGCUAUAUGAUUGCAGCUGUGCAGGGGCAUUGGAGCUCCAGAGCUACCUGGAGGAGCUGCAGGGGCUGGACUUCUUGACCUUGAGACUUCAUAUCCUUGAGAUUGGAGAAAACAGCUUGAUUGUCAGUCCUGAGCAUGUAUGUCAGCACUUGGAGCAGGUGUUGUGUGGUACCACAGCCUUUGUGGAUAUUUCCAGCUCCCAACCUCAUCCUUCUAUCUGCUCCCUGGACCAGCUUCAGGACUUGAAGGCCCUCGUGGCUGAGAUCAUUACACAUUUUCAGGGGCUGCAGAGGGACGUAUCCCUAUCUGUCUCCCACAGCAGGCUCCAUUCCUCAGACUGGAAUCUCUGUACAGUAUUUGGGAUCCUUCUGGGCUAUCCUGUCCCAUAUACCUUUCACCUGAACCAGGGAGAUGACAACUGCUUAGCCCUGACCCCACUACGGGUAUUUACUGUCCGGAUCUCAUGGCUGCUAGGUCAACCCCCAGUCUUGCUCUAUUCCUUUAGUGUCCCAGAGAGUUUGUCCUCAGCCCUGAGGGACAUUCUAAACACCUGGGAGAAGAACCUCAGAACCCGAUUUAGGACUCAGGAUGACUUUGCUGACCUCAGCAUCUCCUCUGAGAUAGUCACACUGCCAGCUGUGGCCCUCUGACUUUAACUCUCCUCCCAUGUACAAGGUGGAUUCUGAAGCAAGCUGUGGACACGCUGGUGAACUUCUGCUUCAGGUAAUUAAGUAAAUACUUUAUAGCUUGUUGGAGACUUAAUUUGAUGGCCCCGGGCAUUAACAUGUUGACUGGGAGGUGGAAUGUAAUCUCUGGGAGACCACUGUGCUCUGACUGAGCCAUUUUCUUUUUCUUUUUUUUAAAUUAAUUUUUAUAUUUAUCAAUAUAAUACAUGAAGAGGGUUUAAAAAGCCACAUGGUACCAAAAGGCUUAUAAUGAAUGACAGCAGUUCUUGCUCUUCCCUUCCCCAUGCCCCAGUCUCCCUCAGAUGCAACCACUUUUAAAUCUCAAUUUUUUUCCUCUGCUAAUCAACUCCAUAUAU